AUGGCUAAAUUAAUGAUAGUCUUCCAACUGCCGGUUCAGCUCAUUCGAGAACGCUACGUACUGCCUCAUGAGAAGCGUUCUCCGUUCUGCCAGAAUGCAACCUUCUUCCAAGAUCUUGUCAUCCGAGGCGUGCGAUAUGCUUUCGCAUAUAUUCCGGCAAAGAUUGGACGAGUCUUCUUCUCGAAAUGGGUCGCAUAUCCAUUCUUUCGGUUUCGUUUACUUCGACAUGGUUAUUUGCGGAGCCCGAUCUUCUUUCAGGAAGUCGUCAGACGCGGUGUGAGGGGACUAUGGAUCAUCCCUGAUGAGACGAAAGAUCCUGGUGUUAUCAUCUAUUAUUGCCAUGGUGGUGGUUUCUCCAUGGGUUCGUCCUUCUUCUACCUGGAAUUCUUGAUCGCUUGGAUCACCCGGCUCAAGGAAGCAGGUUUUCGCAACCCAGCUUGCUUCGCCCUUGAAUACACGCUGGUCCCGGACGAGCGGUGGCCCAAGCAAUUCAAUGAGACUCGAGCUGGAUUCGACUUUCUCCGCGAAUCUUUUGGUGAAGGCAGCGCAGCGAAGAUAGUCGUAAGCGGCGAUUCAGCUGGUGCAACGUUGAUGCUCAGUAUGCUGCUGCAGCCCGGAUCCCUUGAUCAGGAGCCAAAGUUCAAUGAGUCGGAACGGCCUGCCCUAGCGGUUUUGCUUUCGCCAUGGACUCACCUGAUCUCAGAGCUUAAUCAAAACACACCCAGCGACUACUUGGACAAGGAUAGUCUGCAUCUUUACGCUCACCAAUACGGUGGUGAUGGUGCCAAGAGUGAUCAAGUGAUCUCUCCGGGGUUAUGCAUCUCCCGUUGGAAGCGCGCAUCGCCACUGCAUGGGUACCGCAUCAUAUAUGGCGCAGAAGAAGUAUUUGCUCGUGGAAUUGAAGAGACCGUGGAAAACAUCCGCAAAGACGGCGCGGCAGCGAAAGCGCACAGGCUGGAAGCUGGGAUACAUGCCUGGCCGGUCGUCAACCUAUUUCUUGGGGCAAAUAGUGAUGAACGCUUGACUGGACUGGACUUGAUGGUCGACUGUAUGGUAUCGUCAGAGAUGGCUCCAAAAAAGCAGUAG